CCGGUCAACGUCAGUGACAGAGUGAGUCUGCCGAAAUGGCGCCCGGACACGGCAAUGGAGCAUCCAGACCACAAUCUUCGACUGGUCUAAAGAACCGUAUGCAGCCGACCCGCAUCCAGCCUACCCGCGCCGCAAAGAGGAAAACUGCCGAACGGGUCCAACCGUGCAAGAAAAAGGCACCGACACCAGCCCCAAUCCAAACACAGGUCACGGAAACCGCCAACUCCAACCCAGAAACAGAAGGUGGCUACGCCCCGGCCGCGUACGACUGGGGCCAGCCUCUCAGCCAUAACUGGAACCCGGCGCAGGACCAGGCCGAACGCUCGUCUUUGGGCUUGAGUAGUACACGUAACGCCCAACCCCAGCCCCAAGGGCCGCCACUCCAACCGCAAAUCCAGACUCGCGGCCUUAGCUCUCCGGCCACCGCAUCUACGCCGGCCCCGGAUGAGGACGUGCAGCCGCGUAGGACUCGGGCGGGAAAUGCGGUGCGUAGGCGCGAGGAGAUGAGCAGGAGGGCGGCGAUCGCGGGGUACGCGACUGAGGCAAAAAUGGAGAUUAGUCCCACGUUGGGGCAGUGGCGUACAUGGGCUCCGGUUUCGGGGGAGACCUGCCAGUGAAAGUUUCACCACGUGCGUUCCUGCUACGUAUGUAAAGGCACGUCACAUUGCCGUUGGUUUCCUUAGUCAGUCGAGGACGGCCAAAUAACUGUCUUCUUCAGUCGUUCGGCGGCGGAUGCUACAAAUUUGCGACUCAUGAAAACCGGAUCGCAGAAGAUAGGAUAUCGGGGGGUAGUGCUUUCGUAAGAUGACAGCACCCUAUGGCAGACCCUCGUGCAGUCAGCUCAAAA